AUGGCUGAUGCGGUCCAAAUAUUCGAACAGACCCAAACAAUUGAAGUACAACGAUUUGAAAGUAGACACCGAAUUUAUAACGACUUGAAGAACGAGAUUUCCGAUGAGAUACAAGCCGGAGCCAAGGUGACAAUCACGACCAAGCCUCAGAGCCCUCGUCAGAAGUUUGUGACCGAUGAGAUGGGAGAAGUUGCAAGCGAUGAACUUAAGAAGAAAUGGCAAGAGAAGAACACUGGCUACGUAAGAGAAGUUGCAGAGGCGGAAAAACUGAGCCCCAGCAUGGAACGCUACUGGCUUCGUCGUGCCGACGAGGCUAAGCGGGAAGAGUUUUACAAAGCGGACCACCCGUAUUUCGGGGCAUACGUCCGCUGCAUCCCCAUCGGCGUGCCCUGCUGGGCGAGCGUCUGUUCGGCGGCUAAUCGGCUGCAGCCGAUUGGCGACCCCCAGCGGAGCGGUGUGGCCUCGCACUCCAAUUUGUGUGCGAAACGAACGGCAGAAGGUUCAAGCUGCGUUGGCGAAUUAGUCUCUCGUGCUAAACCAACCGCCCCCCCCUCUGCCCCUCCCGGAUCACCGUGCCCUCCUCCUGCGGCUUAUCCUCCGGCGCGCGCGGCCAGCGGCGAAGGAGCGCGGCGCGUGACGCUAUUGGUCCCCAGCGCGGCCAAUGUGCGCCCCGCCGGCGGUCGCCCUACGCACGAAAGGGACCGCGUCGCAACCCGGACAGUCCGUUCCCGGCCCUUGCUAAGGACCGUGUCGUUGGCGCGAUUUGCAUGCGUCGCCGAUUGUUUGUCAACAAACUUGACUAUAACUUCUCCGUGGGUGCGCAAAGUAUUCGGAUGCCGGCGGACACGGCACGUAGACGCAACAGGGAAAUCUCACGUGAGUACCAGUUUUUGUCAUAAU